CAGUAUUUCAUCUAUUCUUUGGGAUAGUCAAACGUUGAUCUUUUGUAUGUUCCCUGAAUCUCAUUCGCUGCAUAUUAGCGAACCACGGGACUGGGAGUGGCUGGCUCAUUACAAAAGCAGCUUUUCCUCUCCUGGAAUUGACACCUCCUCCUCUGUUAUUGGGAGUGGACUGCAUCCACCCUGAUUGAAUUGGCCCUGUCAACACGGGUUCUCCACUUGUGAGGAGAAAAAAGAAUGGAAAUCCUUCCAGAUGCAGCUUCUCUGGCAACAAAGCUGAAAAAUACUCUAAUCCAGUACCACAGCAUUGAAGAUCGUGAAUGGCGAAUUGCUAAGAAAGCGAAAGAUGCAACUGUGUGGCGGAAGCCAUCAGAAGAAUUCAGUGGAUACCUCUACAAAGCUCAAGGAGUUGUGGAAGACAUUACCAACAGAGUAGUAGAUCACAUUCGUCCUGGACCUUAUAGACUAGAUUGGGACAGCUUAAUGACUACAAUGGACAUUGUUGAAAAGUUUGAGGAGAAUUGCUGUUUAAUGCGCUAUACCACUGCUGGCCAGCUGUGGAACAUCAUUUCCCCAAGAGAGUUUGUUGACUUCUCUUACACAACUCAGUAUGAAGAGGGGCUUCUAACAUGUGGGAUAAGUCUAGACUAUGGAGAGGUGAGACCUAAUUUUGUCCGUGGAUUUAAUCACCCCUGUGGCUGGUUCUGUGUCCCGCUUAAGGAUCGUCCUGACCAAAGUCUUUUGACGGGCUUCAUCCAGACUGAACUGCGAGGGAUGCUUCCUCAGUCUGCAGUAGAUACUGCUAUGGCUAGUACCCUGGCAAACUUUUACUCUGACCUCAGAAAGGCACUGAAAACAUAAUCAACUAUUGACCUAAAUUUCCAUACAUGUCUUGCAAUCAUCUGUUCCUCCUUGCUGUAUUGUAUCAAAGCUUUGAUUAGGUUAGCAGGUGCUGCCUAGGGGGUAUGCAUACAUCCCUGGCUUAACAUGUGGGUUUGUGUUCCUUGCUGAGCUCUGAAAAUGUAUAAUGUACAGACUGAACAUACAAAAUCAUCUGCUUCCAAGGAAUAUUGCUCAGAAUUGGGGCUCAGCCCUGGUAAAUAUCAAGUGACCAACUCUCACUGAAACAAGGGGAGUGGAGGGGUAAUCAUUAUUUUGCAAGUUCAGACCAGCUGUGCUGUGGAAUUUUAUAGAUUUUAUUUUUAGGAGCUCUUUUAAAAGAUUGAGAAAGAUAGUCUGUAUGUGCAUGUAUAAAAAAUAGAAACAUUUUAGUUUAAUCCAAAAUGAGAUUAAGUCUGUAUUACGGCUCAGAGUGGAAUUCCCCACAGGGAUAUUAAAUUGGGUAUUAUCACUUAAAAAUUGAGCUCUUAUUUGAGAGCUAAAAAGACUGACAUUAGCAAAUACCUAUGUUAUUGGCAUUUCUUGUAUAUUAGUUCUAUCUAUGACUGGAAGACUUUUUAAAUACAGUAGUUAUGUCAAGACUAAAUAUUUAGUAGGAAUGCAUUUAUAGCUGCUCAGAGCCUAUUGAAGUCAACAGAAGUCUUUCCAUUGUUUUUGUUAGUGAUGGAUCAGACCCACCUUAAUCAAAGCACAAAACCCCAAGACAUCCAUUCAUUGUCCCUUUGUGCAACUUAGCUUUUAAAAGCAGAAAUGUAUCUACAUAGCUAAACCUGCAUCUACUGUAGAUAGGGUUUUAUUGGUUAUUAUUGGAAACCUUUAACACAUUUUUUCCCCACAGUUCAAUUUAAAAAAAAUCACUCAGUAACAUUUUUAAUUCUCUCCUCUGCCUCCUAUAUUUUUCUUUUGGAUUAUAUCAUAAAAUUUGAGGUUAAAUACAACAUCUAGCUAUGGAAGGAGCGGAUAAAGUCAGUGUAGCAGCUUACAGCUUUUCUUGUGUUAAAUGACCAAACAUUCUCUAAACUGAAAAUUGGGUGUAACUAACCACACACUAAAAUGCUCUGAAAACAUGAAUAUUUUAUCUGUUUUAAAAAAAGA